AUGGCUGCAAUGCCACUACCUGCUACCACCUUCGAGGUUACUUAUACUAUCCCAGGGCCUGAGUUAUUCGUAUCAGAACAAGAAGACACACGGCAGUAUUGGGAGCCAUCAAGUCCCGAUAUUCCCGGCAGACUCGACGAAUACAACAAUGGUCUGGCUGGCAGUGAUUUCGAUAUCGAUCAUGAAGAGCCGGAUGAAGGCCUUCACCGCGACGCUAUCGUCAAUGGGGUCGCCCUUCGCGACAUCAGUCCUUUAUCAUGUACUCCAGUGGACGAUGGUGGGUAUGACCAUACGCAUGGGAAUUACGAAACCAACAAAUUGGCAGAUCCUCUGAACGAAAAUGAAGGGAAUCUUUCGAAUGACUGCGAUGGCCAUGAGCGCAGGCUCGACGAGCAUGGAGCAGAUGAAACGGAUUUGAAGGUUAGGUAUAGUGACGAAGAGGAUGAAGUUGAACGUGUUGAGAUAGAUCAGACCGGGCCCUCUGUCGUGGAGCGGCCAUCAAGGCGUGUCACGCGAAGCCAAUUACUCCAGAAGCGCGCGAAUAAAGGCGUCAAUCCUGCUCUAGUUAAUGUCGAGGAAGAUCGCCACAACAGCGCAGCUCUAGGUACUCGUUAUCGCGCCAGGGGCGUUCAGCAAGGAAGAGUCACCUCAUCGAGAGAGCAGGCUCCGAUCAGCAAUGGCGGUGGAGCGCGUCAGAGAAAGAGGAAGUCUGCCCCCCGAGAUGCGUCCGACACAGUUGAAUCGGGAAACCACACCGACUUCUCUCGCAUCUCCAAGCGACAGCGCCGAGGAGAUGAGUCCACUCCCGAGACAGUGACUGCGGCGCCUUUGACGCAGGGCGAUUCCUCGCAGAGGACUCUAGUCCGCUGCUUGUGGAACGGCUGCGGGACCUGGAUGCCUCAGGAUGAGGACGAUAUCGUAGCGCACUUUCAGCUGCACGUCCCGAAAGGAGACAAGAAGGAUCUACUCCCGUGCCAAUGGGAGCACGAAUGCAACCCACACAAGGGGGAGACGGGCCACCGCCGAAUCCAGCGUGGCAACAUGGUCCGCCACCUGCUCGGCCAUCCCGAAAUUCAAAAGGUGCUCGUACACAAGUGCCCCCAUUGUCCCAGCCGCUUCUCUCGGCGCGAUCAGGUAAUACGACACUGGGGAGUUGCGCCUGACUGUGCAUCUAAGGAGGCGGAGGCGGAGGCGAAACAAUCUGGGCGGAAUUGA